AUGCGUUCAACAAAAUAUCUCAUUGCAGCGGCCUUGACCACAUUCUUGCUGCUAUUGACGGUUGUUUAUCGCACGCGUCCUACAACGGGAGCCUCCUCGUUUCAGAUCUGGGAAUCAUCUAGACGAAAACAGGAUGCACAGCAAGAAGAAAAAUACAUCACUUUUUAUCCACACUCGGGUCUUCACAACCAACGAUUGGCCUUGUUGAAUGCAAUGGUGCUUGCCAAAGCACUUGAUCGUACGUUGAUCCUUCCCGAGAUUAAUAUUGGACGAGGCGUAUACUGGUGGCCAUCCCCACAGCUGGAACAGAAAAUGAGCGAUUGCCCUUCUCGGCCUGUAUUAGAUCGCAAAGGCCUUUGUACCGAAUAUCGUCAUUACGUGCCUGUACCCGUAUCAACCAUCUUUGACUUGAGUGUCCUUGACAAUGUUGGCAUCAAGUACAUUCAACGUGAUGAUAUGAGCACCAAUUACUUUGCAUCUGAAUGGGGCAUUGAAUAUGACGAUCCCGAACAUGUGUAUCGCUUGAAUGAUGACAGCCGAUUUUCCUACCGUAUCUUUGACGUCAAGCAAAGCAGCACCCAAGAGCUGAUGCAAUUCCGAUACCGCAUUGAUUUGGAUGAUUUGGCAGCACGAUCUGAACGCUUCAUGGUAUUCGGUUCACUGUUUGCUACACCACGCCUUGUACUUGAACGGGACGACUUGUAUUGGUUACGAGAAUACUUGGCAAGCGAGAUGGGUUUUGGUCAUCCCACCGUUAUUCAACAAACCCUUAACGUUGUUUCCUUACUUGGUGGUCCUGGCGAAUACGCAAGUGUGCAUCUACGUACCGGUGAUGGCGUCUUCAAGGCUACCAUGGCAUAUACCAUGGAUAAAGUACGUGAGCAAUUGGCACAAGUAAAUGCAGGCACCCAUCGUAUGCACCAUCAGCAUGAAUACGAGCUCAUUAAUCGAUUGCAAUCCCUGGCACAAGAAGGGCAAUACGAUACCAUGCUCAAUGAAUGCGUUGCUUUGCAGCAUGAUAAAUCACUAUUGCAUCCACGAUUGAGACUUAUCUUUAUGGCCACCGAUACAGCUCAGCCCCGCCAUACAGUGCCCCAUUUGUUUGAGGAAUUCGUGUGCAUGUUCACGUUAUCAGAUUUCUCCCAAGCCAUUGACAUUGCCAUGACAUCGUCCGAUAGUUAUGGACCCUUGUUGUUGCCAUUGAUUGAUGCCGAGAUUGCAGCACAUGGAUCCUUUUUCGUAGGUACUCGCAAGAGUACGUUUUCAAAGUAUAUCCAAUACCGUAAUCGGCGUUUCCUAGCAUACUAUCCUCAGGUCAAUGCUGCCUAA